CAAUCAUUUCAACUCUCAAGAACUUAUUUUUUCAUUCCCAGCUUCAUACACUGAACCAGCCCGCCAAAAUGGUCAAGACACUCCCCUUCGGCGACCAACAGGUCUCAGUCCCCGGCUUUGGGGCUAUGGGUCUCAAUGCCGCCAUGGGAACAGAUCUAAACUUCGAACAGUCCGAGCCUGUUCUUUUGAAAGCAAUCGAACUCGGCUGUACAUUCUGGGAUACGGCGGUUACCUACAAGAGUGGCGAAAAUGAGAAGUUGUUGGGCGAAUUUAUCAAGAAGUAUGAUGUCCGUGAUAAGCUUUUCGUGGCCUCCAAAUGCGGAUUCGACGUCUUCGGACCCCAGCGGAAAGUCACCAACUCGGCUAGCCACAUCAAGGAAUACAUUGAGGGCACAAUCGAUAGACUCGGGUUUACACCUGAUUUGUACUAUCUUCACAGAAUUGAUCCCAACACUCCUCUCGAGGAGUCAAUCGGCGCUCUAGACGAACUCCGCCGCACCGGCAAAACAAAAUACAUAGGUCUAUCCGAAUGUUCUGCUGAAACCUUACGCAAGGCUAAUGCCAUCGCCAAAAUCGACGCUGUUCAGGCCGAAUACUCCGCCUUCGAAACUCUACACGAGACAAGCGGUCUAAUCGACACAGCUAAAGAACUCGGCGUCGCUUUUAUCGCCUUCAGCCCGCUCGGACACGGCUGGCUAGUUGACGACUUUCAGUUCAAGUCUCCGGAUGACUUUGCACCUGAUGAUUUCCGGCGUACAGUACCCAAAUUCCAAGGCGAGAACUUCUACAAGAAUAAGGCUAUUGUAGACGAGAUCAAAAAGUUGGCUACGAAGAAAGGGUGCUCGACUGCACAGAUUGCCUUGGCUUGGGUUGCUGCCCAAGGGUUGAUUACUAUCCCGGGAACGACUAAGGCUUCCCGGUUGGAGGAGAACUGGGCGUCGCGGGAUGUGGAAUUGACAGAGGAUGAGAUACUGGAGAUGCGGAGGAUUGUGGAUGCUGCGAAGCCGGUUGGGGAGAGGUUUUCUGCUGUUUUUCAGGCGAUGGUUGGGCAUUAGGCUUGUGGCUCUGUGAGGUUUAGUUGUUUGGGGGUUUGUCGUCGGUUAGUGCGCAAU